AUAAUUGUGUCUUUCGCGUGGCAAAGGAUAUAAAUUUCUUCCCGGUUUAGCAAAGAUACUUUUUUUCAUUUUUCUUAGAAGUCUCUUCAAAACCAAGAGUCGCAGCCAGCAAAGUCUCGCCCAUCGUCUUUUCUUAACACCUAUCCGAAGAUUCAUUCAUUUGCAGAGCUAAAAGCACCUUUAGGGAAUUGAUGGCAUCCAAGAUUCAGCAACUACAAUCUAAGGCCUGCCAAGCUUCACAGUUUCUCACCAAGCAUGGUACUACCUACUACAAACAGUUGCUGGAGCAGAACAAACAGUAUAUUGUUGAGCCACCCACCAUUGAGAAGUGCAAUGAAUUGUCAAAGCAGUUGUUCCAUACUCGUCUUGCCAGCAUCCCUGGACGUUAUGAGUCAUUCCAAAAGGAACUUGAUUCUGUGAAGCACAUGUGGCAGAAUAGAAAGGAUUUGAAGGUUGAAGAUGCCGGUAUUGCUGUUUUAUUUGGCUUGGAGUGCUUUGCAUGGUAUUGUGCUGGUGAGAUAGUAGGAAGAGGAUUUACAUUCACCGGUUACUGCGUCUGAGAUCUUCAGUUUCAUAAAAUUCGUUCGGGCAAUUGACACUGCUGUAAGGUCUGUCUCAUACUACGAUAUGACUGGGAUUCUAUACAAGAGUUUGUGUACACCAAAAGCUUUUGAAGCUGAGAAAUUGCAGCAUAAAAUUUUUUCACAAUAAUAUGCCCAUUUUGUCUUUUCCACUCCAGUGAAGUGGCUUAGAUUGAUUUGUGCAAUAGUGAUAUUUAUCUGUUGAAAGUUACUGCUACAUGUGAAAGCACAGGUUGUUCUUGCCA